AUGUCAAAGUCGGUGUCCAUACCGAUAGCUCUAAGCGAGCUGAAGAGAUGUUCUCUCAAACGGCUGAGUUCACGUCGAGAACGUCGAGAUACCACUCUGAACGGAUUCGUAAUAUCGGUAGCCAACUUACCAGAUGGUGUUCGGCUGUACGGGACGGCGGCUGAACGAGCUGGGCUUUCGGUUGGUGAUGAGAUCCUUGCAGUUAAUGGCAUGGAGGUCGAAGGGAAGUCCCAUGAGGAAGUGGUUUCUUACAUACAAGAGGUAAUUGCAACCUCUUUGCUCUGCUUCAGACUUGUCAUAGUCACUUCCAUCAAAGCCCUAAUUUCAAUUUUUAUAAAAGUCCAAACUUUUGUUGCACUUGUCGAUUGA